AACCAUCAUUCCGCAACUUUGCACGACGCUUUCAACACAAACCAGUCUUCAGAAAUUAAGAUUGAGCCUAUAUUUAAUUCCCAGCGAUAACUGCUUGUCACGAUGCUGCCACCCCGUUUCAUGGAUCCUGUGAUCCAUUCGACCGAAUGUCUUCAGGUGGAUGGGAUGCUGGAGCGAAGCUCAAAGUCGCAAGGAGUUAUCUUGCCGAUUGAGCUUUGUGAACGGAUUAUCGACAUUUGCGCUCUCGCUCCACUGGCCUCUACAGGACAAGCAUUCGAACGAUUCAAAUCUAGGGCUAUAACUCCACAGCGCCCUUCGGUUCGUUUCGAUCUCUUGCGAGCAUGUGCUCUGACUUGUCGGGGUUGGCGACCUCGAAGUCAAUAUCACCUCUUCCAUGAUAUCCACAUCCGCACCAAGGCUGACUUGACCUCGCUGGUAUCCAUCCUACGCUGCAAUCUGAAGAUACGGAAUUGUAUCAAAUUUCUUCGGCUUGAACUCGACUCUCCAUCAGCCGCGUUCCUGCUUCUGCAAGGUCAAAUGCCGAACCUCCAAGAACUGCAAGUCUUUGCAUACACAGGACAUGUGUUCACCAUAUCACUUCACGCCUCAUCUUUCGCAGCUUUAAAAACUUUUGCACACAUAAAGAAAUUAAGGCUAUCCGAAGCGUACUCGAACUCUACGGGGCUGUCUCUGAUCAGAUUGCUCAGUCUUCUUCCCAAUCUCACACACCUUCAAGUAGACACCAUGGACGAAGGAAGUGUGACUUCUCCACCACGGCCGACCUUCUACAUGCCUCCAUUCCAACUCAAAUCUCUCAUCAUUGGAACAUGUGACAAACCUCUCGGAACUCUAGCCAUGCUUCUUGCGUGGCUUCUCAAAAGACCCUCUGCAAUAGAUUCUUUGCAGACAUUAUGGCUAGAUCUAGGCAUACCUUGUGAUGAAGAAAUUUUGGAGGAUGGAGAGGUGCAUAAGAUGUUACCAUAUACUGGUUCAAGCCUUCAAGAACUUGGUAUAUCUCAUCAUUCUUGGUCAUCAGAUGAGAAAACCCAGUGUAUCCCUAAUAAUCUCAAUCUCUCAUGUAUGCAGAAGCUGCAAUGUCUGCACUUCAUGGGUAUCAUGCCACAGGAGAUGGAGAGCAUUUGCAGGCUUCUCUCCACCAUGACUCAUCCUAGCCUGAAGAGGCUGAAUAUUGAGAUAUAUUCAAAUGAUGAUGAACAGAACAUUUCAUGGGCCAAACUGGAUGAAGUUCUAUCCUCUAAAGUUUUUCAAGGUUUACAGACUAUGAAUAUUAGAGAUCAUGAUAUUGGAGCAUACAAGGUGGUACAGGACUUGGAUAAAAAGCUGCCAAAAUUACACUUGCUUGGUGUCCUGAAGCAGCAGAGUGUGAAGGAAACUACAAUUCAUGGAAGUUGGGGUUUCACAGAGUUAUAUUCAGAUAGCUGAUCAACAUAAGUUGGUCAUAUAGUGCCUAGUAAAAAAGCUAUGCAAGCCAAAGAUAUUAAUCCAACUAUCUGUAGGAGUGCAAGCCAUUUAGGGUACAGAAUGAAGUUGUUCAUUUCUC